UCUUGGUCUCUGACUCUCCCCCCUACAAAUGAUACAGCUUUUUAACAGAAUGAACAAUAAUAAGCCAUGGAUCCUGAUCUGUAUAAGGCUGUAACAGAAGGUAACUCAGCUUUGCUCUCACAAUUAUUACAGGCAGCAGAAGAUGAUGAUCUCCAAAAACCACAGAGAGACCAAAACAUGAACACUCUACUCCACAUCGCUGCCCACUCCAACAACAUCCAAGUUGUGAAGGUAAUCCGCAAAAAACAACCAACAACUAUUCUCAGGAGCAGGAACUACAGAGAAGACAUCGCACUCCACAUUGCGGCGCGGCAUAAUAAUGGUGAGGUAGUUAAGUAUCUGUUGGAUUGGGCCAAGGAAACGGACGAAGCAGAGAAUCCUUCUAUACGAUAUCAUACGGUGAAGUUUAGGAAUAGAUGUGGGAACACAGCCUUGCAUGAAGCUGUUCUUGGGAGUCACAAUGAAGUGAUAGAAGUGUUGAUGGAGAAGGACAAAGAGGUGAUCUUGAUUAAGAAUAAGCGCAAGGAAUCACCACUUUAUUUGGCUGCUGAUCGUGGGUUGCACUUUGUGCUGGAGAAGAUGUUGAAAGUUGCAGUGGAAAAUGAAAUUUUCAAGAAUCCUUAUCUAUGCAUCGAUUUCGGUCCCGACGGCAGGACACCUUUGCAUGCUGCGGUUACUAAAAAGCAUCCAUUAUGCAUCAACAUUCUAUUGGAGAGAAAGAAGGAGCUCAUCAGUAGAACAGAUGCAGCUGGAAGAACUCCUCUUCAUUAUGCAGCAUCAUUUGGCCAUUCUGAAGAAGCUCGUUGCUUACUAGAGAAAGACACUUCUAUUGCUCAUGAAAUGGAUGACCAAGGCCUCUGUCCCAUACAUGUAGCAGCCAGUAAAGGCUAUGUUGACAUAAUUCAAACUAUUCCAGAAUAUUGCCCAGGAGCAAGAGAGACAUCAAAUGCAAAAGGUCAGAAUGUUAUUCACAUUACUGCUAAGAAUGGGAGAUCCAAAUUAUUAAGUUACAUGCUUCGGCAGAAAUCUAAGUUUGGGAAGCUUAUAAAUGCGAAGGAUAUUAAUGGAAACACGCCGCUUCAUUUGGCCACCAAGAACUUCCAUCCAAAGGUUGUGUGCAUUCUCGUGCGGGAUGGAAAUGUAGACAUGACCAUCAUGAACAAUGAAGGCUUGACUGCCCUAGACAUUGCAGAGAUGAGUAAAAUAGAUGAUACAAUCUCAUUGCCAAAGGUUCUUACCUUAACAGCUUUAAGAAUUAAUAAUGCAACAUCCGGUCGACCACCUCCAAUUAUUGAAAAAAAUAAAUCAAAAGGUAAACGAACAAAAGAAUAUUAUGAAAAGAAAUUCAAAGAGAGGUUCAGUACUCUUGUGCUUGUAGCAACACUGAUCUCUACUGUUACCUUCGCCGCGGGUUUCGCAAUCCCUGGUGGUUUCAACAAUGAUGGCCCAUACAAAGGCAUGGCUACCUUGUUAAGGAAGCCUGCAUUUCAUGUUUUUGUGAUAUGCAAUACCAUGGCUUUCUAUCUGUCUAUUGUUGUUGUGGGGAACAACGUAUGGGCACAGUUGGAUGAUAGCCCCUUUUUGGUUCUUGCAGUUAACUUAAGUGUACCCUUUUUGGGUAUAGCUCUUAUUAUGAUGGCUAUAGGCUUUACUGCAGGUUUGUACUCUGUGAUACUUAAACUUCAGUGGCUUGCCUUCACGGUUUUGGUCAUGGGAGCCACCUUUCUUUUCUAUGUUGUAUUUUUUGUGGUUCUGUUCACUUCCCCAUUUUAUAUGUCUAAGUACCCUGUCCUGAAAAAAAUCUUCAAGUGGAAUCUCUAUCUUUUGAUCUUCACAUGUGAUAGAUUUCUUUGACAAAGACACUGUUAAAGAGGUCUGAAUCACCUCAUGGAUGAGAUGUUUCUUCUUUUGUUUAGACACUAUCAAAUGUAAGGGUUUGGGUUUGUUUCCUUUGGAUCUGUUGAGAGGGAAAACAACUCGAAUCUAUUGGGGAUAAUAAUAGAUUCUAAUGUAAUAAUAGUGUAUUUAUCUCAUCAUAAUCUUAGUAUUUUAAGAAAGAUUA